CGGAGGAGCCGCCGGAGCCAAGCGAGUCCCAGAGAGCGAGCGCGAGAAGCCGGGGGUGGACCGUUCAUUCCAUCCGCGCGCCGGGGAGCCUGAGGCUGGAGGAGACGCGGGCUGAGCAGCCACAUCAGCGAGGGGCAGCCGAGAGCCAGCCGAGCGACAUGGACCAGUGUGAUGGGGAGCACGACUACAUGCAGCAGGAGGACGACUGGGACCGCGACCUGCUCCUGGACCCCGCGUGGGAGAAGCAGCAGAGGAAGACCUUCACGGCGUGGUGCAACUCUCACCUCAGGAAAGCAGGCACGCAGAUUGAAAACAUCGAGGAGGAUUUUCGGGACGGCUUGAAACUGAUGCUGCUGCUCGAGGUCAUUUCGGGCGAGCGCCUGGCCAAACCAGAGAGAGGAAAGAUGAGAGUCCACAAGAUCUCCAACGUGAACAAAGCGCUGGACUUCAUCGCCAGUAAAGGAGUGAAGCUGGUUUCUAUUGGAGCAGAGGAAAUCGUCGAUGGCAAUGCGAAGAUGACCCUGGGAAUGAUCUGGACCAUUAUUCUGCGCUUCGCCAUCCAAGACAUUUCUGUGGAAGAGACGUCUGCCAAAGAAGGGCUCCUGUUGUGGUGCCAGAGGAAGACUGCGCCUUAUAAGAAUGUCAAUAUACAGAACUUCCACAUCAGCUGGAAGGAUGGGUUGGGAUUCUGUGCCCUCAUCCAUCGGCAUCGUCCAGAGCUGAUCGACUACGGCAAACUACGAAAGGACGACCCCAUGACCAACCUGAACACAGCCUUCGAUGUAGCAGAGAAAUACUUGGACAUUCCCAAGAUGCUGGAUGCCGAAGACAUCAUUAGCACCAUGAGGCCCGAUGAGAAGGCCGUCAUGACUUAUGUGUCGUGUUACUACCACGCCUUCUCAGGCAAGCAAAAGGCAGAGACGGCAGCCAACAGGAUCUGCAAGGUGCUGGCUGUCAACCAGGAGAACGAGCAGCUGAUGGAGGACUAUGAGAAGCUGGCCAGUGAUCUGCUGGAGUGGAUCCGCCGCACCAUCCCGUGGCUGGAGAACCGAAUGCCCGAGAACACCAUGCAGGCGAUGCAGCAGAAGCUGGAGGACUUCAGAGACUACCGCCGCCUGCACAAGCCGCCCAAGGUCCAGGAGAAGUGCCAGCUGGAGAUCAACUUCAACACCCUGCAGACCAAGCUGCGACUCAGCAACCGACCCGCCUUCAUGCCCUCGGAGGGAAAAAUGGUCUCGGACAUCAACAAUGCGUGGGGAAGUCUGGAGGGAGCGGAGAAGGGCUAUGAAGAGUGGCUGCUCAAUGAAAUCCGGAGACUGGAGAGGCUCGACCACCUGGCUGAGAAGUUCCGCCAGAAAGCUGCCAUCCACGAGGCUUGGACUGACGGUAAAGAGGAGAUGCUGCAGAAGCAGGACUACGAGACCGCGUCCCUGUCGGAGAUCAAAGCGCUGCUGAAGAAGCACGAGGCUUUCGAGAGCGACCUGGCGGCUCACCAGGACCGCGUGGAGCAGAUCGCCGCCAUCGCUCAGGAGCUGAAUGAGCUGGACUACUACGACUCUCCCAGUGUCAACGCGCGCUGCCAGAGGAUCUGUGACCAGUGGGACUCGCUGGGAGCUCUGACCCAGAAGCGCAGCGAAGCCUUACAGAGAACCGAGAAGUUGCUGGAAACCAUCGACCAGUUGUACCUGGAGUUCGCCAAAAGGGCGGCGCCGUUCAACAACUGGAUGGAGGGAGCCAUGGAGGACCUGCAGGACACGUUCAUCGUCCACACCAUUGAGGAGAUCCAGGGUCUGAGCACGGCCCACGAACAGUUCAAGGCCACGCUCCCGGAGGCAGACAAGGAGCGGCAGGCCAUUUUGGGAAUCCACAACGAGAUCGCCAAGAUCGUGCAGACGUACCACGUCAACAUCGCCGGCUCCAACCCCUACACCACCAUCAACCCGCAGGAGAUCAACAACAAGUGGAACAAGGUCCGGCAGCUGGUGCCGCAGAGAGACCAGGCUCUGAUCGAGGAACACGCCCGGCAGCAGAACAACGAGCGCCUGCGCAAGCAGUUCGCUAACCAGGCCAACGUCAUCGGGCCCUGGAUCCAGAACAAGAUGGAGGAGAUCGGCCGCAUCUCCAUCGAGAUGCACGGCACCCUGGAGGACCAGCUGACCCACCUGCGCCAGUACGAGAAGAGCAUCAUCAACUACAAGCCAAAGAUCGACCAGCUGGAGGGAGACCACCAGCUGAUCCAGGAAGCCCUCAUCUUUGACAACAAGCACACCAACUACACCAUGGAGCACAUCCGGGUGGGCUGGGAGCAGCUGCUCACCACCAUCGCCCGAACCAUCAACGAAAUCGAGAACCAGAUCUUGACGCGAGACGCCAAGGGCAUCAGCCAGGAGCAGCUCAACGAGUACCGGGCUUCCUUCAACCACUUCGACCGGGACCACUCGGGCAGUCUGGGCGCCGAGGAGUUCAAAGCCUGCCUGAUCAGUCUGGGCUUCGAUAUCGCCAACGAUGCACAGGUACCGACUCUCUUCCUGGUGGAGGUGUUUAACUGUUGUUUUCUUUUUUUCUCCCUUGACUUUCUUCUGGCUUUGGUUUCUACUGAACUUUAUGGAACUGGUGCCUCCUUCCUCCAAUACCCUGCUCUUUACUCAUCCUUUCUUCUUCCUCUGAUGUUCCUCCUUCCACACUGGCUCUCUGUAUCUGUCCAUCUGGUCGGGCUUGUUCCUCGCUGUAGAAGAGAACAGGAGUGAUGGAAGCUGAAGACUUCAAAACCUGCCUUAUCUCCAUUGGUUACAACCUGGUAACGACUCCUGCACUCACCACCUUUCACCCUUGACUUUUUUUACGUCUGGUGCUGCGCCUCUCACCGCAGUCUGGACAGACAUGUGCUUCAGAAAUAAAUGCAAAUAUCUCAGUAUUUUACUGUCAGUAGCAGACACUGUUGCUGUUCCAUUUGUUUUAUUGAACUUCAUCCCAAAACUAUUUCCAUGUCAAAAUCAUUAAAAACAUCCUAGACUCUAGAAAGUUUAUCUCUCGCUGUAGGUCAGGGAGAGUUUAUUUCCUUGCAUGAGCAAACAAAUUAGCCAGUUAUUAUUAUUGUAACUAACAAAGAAGAAAGAAAGAAGCAAGUCAUAUGUUCAAACUGUCUUGACUCUGUGGUAGUGUUUGAGUAAUUACAAAGCUGUUGAAUGUGGAUCACUGAUCACCACUCUUGAAUAAUGCUUUCAGAACAAUGGAAAUGAGUAUAGUUCUUGCUUAUGAUUUAAAUAUUUGCAUCAUUUCGUUAGAAAACUAUUCAAAUGUUGGGGAUUUUUGAUCACACAAGUCAAUUCUAUUCGAAAGAUCCUUUUUAAAGUUUUGGGGUCAAAAGUAGAGACCUGUUCUUUUAAUCUGCCUGAAACUACAAAUAGUGUCUUGUGAGAUGCACCACAAUUGGAUAUAAAGUGGGUGUUUUUAAUUUAGAUGUCAAAACCUUUUUGACGUUGUAACUCUUGGAGUUCUAUCUUUCCACUGCCUCAUCUGAGCACACACUCGCGUGCCUUCUCACUGGUCCCUGGGGAUCUGCGGCUCGGUGCAGGGGCGACUUGCUGACGCCUCUUCUCUGAUAC